CACUGUUGACAUUAUAUGCUUACAGGCAUUGAGGCAACUAUACAGGAGUCAGAGCCUCUCAUGAUACAACAGGCCAGUGUUAACUGUGCUGAUCAAAUGCAAUCUACAGGUUUCACUUUGGUUCUUUCAGAGUCCAUGUCAACUGCUGACAGUGAAGAGCCAGGCAGUCUGACCCAUGAUAGGAGGGAGCCAAGUGAAGAGCCAGCCAGUCUGACCCAUGAUAGGAGGGAGCCAAGUGAAGAGCCAGCCAGUCUGACCCAUGAGUCCAUGUCAACUGCUGACAGUGAAGAGCCAGGCAGUGUGACCCAUGAUAGGAGGGAGCCAAGUGAAGAGCCAGCCAGUCUGAGCCAUGAUAGAAGGGAGCCAAAUCCUCAAGUACCUCAUCGAGACGUCUAUGAACGGUUUGCUGAGAUUUUUCUAGAAUCCAUCUUAGCACAAGGUCUGGCUGGGGCCUCCAGGCACGUUCACGACAGAGAGUCGAGCACAGCUACAGGUUUAUAUAACUGCUUAAUAGAAGGUGUAUUGUAA